AUGGAGUUCACUGGGACUUAUUUCCAACAGCUGCCUUCCCUCAAGCCAUGCUGUGCCUGUCCGGAGACGAAGCGGGUGCGUGAUGCCUGCAUAAUCGAAAAAGGAGAAGAACAUUGUGGUACUCUUAUUGAGGCCCACAAGGAGUGCAUGAGAGCCUUGGGUUUUAAGAUAUGA